UGCCAAUUAAUUGUAUGAGAGAGAAGCUCCCGGGCAGUUGGUAUUUGGAACUUGGAACACACGUUUUUUGAAAAUGAAAGCUCCUCUAAUUUCUCGCAACCCGCUUCACUGAACCAGAGGAAGUUGGGUAGUUGGAACUUGGAAGCUCGAGUUCUGCUUUUCCCUUCUGUAAAUCGUCAAUGGUGGGUUCUCAGUGACAGUUGCAGGAGAUAGCAUACACAGUGCCUGCCGUGCACCACCAAAAGAGUCUCCACCAAAAGAGUCUUAAUUAGAGAGGGAAAAUGGAGGAGGAGCGCCAGAAAGAUCUUCCCUCGCUCGUGUUCAGAUGGGACGUGUUUCUGAGUUUCAGGGGCGAAGACACUCGCCACAACUUUACCCGCUGUUUACACGAAGAGCUUGUGCGGAACAAAGUCGAUACGUUUCUGGACGACGAGGGUUUGGAGGAAGGAGACGAUCUAGCCCCGGGCCUCUCUGCGGCCAUCAACGAAUCGGCCGCAUACAUAGCAGUUAUUUCGAAAAACUAUACGGGGUCGAGGCUGGCCCAAAUCUUGGAACGCAAGCGCCGGUUGCUUCCGGUGUUCUACGAGGUGGAUCCCUCUAACGUCCGCCGGCAGGAUGGCCCCUUCGAAAAGGCUUUCCAAGACCUCGAGCAACGUCAUGGAGAAGACAAGGUCCAGAGAUGGAGAAAAGCUUUGGCAGAAGCUGGGAACAAGAAGGGUUGGGAUUCCAGGAAG